AUGAAAAAAUUAAUUUUUUUAGAAAAUAAAGACGAAACUAAUAUUGAAGAAAAUAAUGAAUUAGAAAAAAAGGAUUUAAAAUCAAUUAAAGAGAUUGCAAAAUUAUAUGGUGUAUCAACAAGCAAAUUAAAUAAAUCAGAAAUCAUUGAAAAGAUUAAAUCAAUGUUUAAAAGAAAAAGAGAAUAUGAAGAAGAACAAAAACAAAAAGAAAAUGUCAAUUCAUUUAAUAAAAUUAUUAAAUUAACAAUUACAGAUAAUAUUGAACUUACUGAAAUACUAUUUUGGAAAUUAUUUAGAAAUAAAAUAAUUUAUAAAACCAUAUUCUCAUUUAUGGAUAAACGAAUCUCAUUAACAUAUGAUUCAAUGUCGUCAAUAAAGAAUCUUAUAGUCCAUAAUCAAUUUGGUAUAUUAAAAGAAAAAGUUUAUAGAAAUUGUAGAUAUUUAUAUUUCAAUCCAAUUAGUUUUAAUCCUAAAAAUUAUAAAAUACAUCCAACAUUAUUAUUUGUUAAAUUAUUUUCAAAUAUUAAAGAUGAUGAUUAUAGAUUCUAUAGAAACUUUUUAAAUAGUGAUAAUUGUUAUUAUAAUUCAUAUUCAACUAUAUCAACAGCAUUAAUUUUAUCAAAGAAAUUUGAAAUUUAUAAAUUAUAUAUAAAUGAAUUCAGUUAUAAACCAACAAAAACAGAUCUUAUUUAUUCAAUUGCAGUUGGUUCAAAUAAAUUCAUUAAAUAUAUAUUAGAAUUAAAUCCUUCAUCAUCAUCAUCAUCACCUUCAAUUGUAGAAUCAGUUGGAUCAGAUUAUAAAAAUUUCAUUAUCAAUGAUAGAAGCUUAAAUUAUUAUCCAAUUGAAAAAGAUACUAUAUUUAAAGGACUACUAUAUUUUUUAAAUACCAUUGGAGAUAAUGAGAAUGAUAAUAAUUGUAAAGAUAAAACAACAACAAAAAUAACUGAAAAAAGCGGUAGUGUUGGUAGUGUUGGUAGUGUUGGUAGUGUUGGUAGUAAUAGUGGUUAUGAAAAAUAUGGUCAUCAAAUAACAAUAGAAACCCUUAUUAAUUUCAUUAAACUUAGACAUAGUAAAGGUUAUGAAAUUAAUGAAAGAUCAACAUUUAAACAAUUAAUCACAAUUUGUAAAUUAAUAUUAAUAUUACAGAAAUCAGAAGAAGAUGAUUCAAUUAAAACAUUAGAACCACCAGCUCCAACAAGUAUUCAAGAAAUUGAUAAUUUUAUUAUUGAAAAAAUAGAUAAACAAACAUUAAAAUCAAAAUUAGAUAAUCCAAUUAAUUAUUAUAAUAAUAAUAAUGAAAUUAAAAGUUUUAUAAAAAAGUUAUUAAAUUUAUAUUAUUCAACAUUUAAUUAUAUACCAAAGAUUUUAUAUUUCUGUUAUUAUUAUGGUAGUGAUGAUUGUGAUAAUUUAUAUUCAAGUUGCAAUGAUAUUAACGCGAAUACAGAGUUAUGUCGUGUUGCCUUUAGAUUUGGUAAUUUUGAAUUAUUAGAAUCUGUAAAAUAUAUAGAAUGCCACCAAUUAUUACCAAACCCUAGUUUUUAUGACCAUGAUAAUAUUCUUUUUCAAAAUCACCAAUAUAUAGAGGAUUUUGUAAUUUUCUCAAAUUGUUUUGACCAAGAAAAAAAGAUUAAAUUCAUAGAUGAAUUAAUUAAAAGAAAUACCAAAAAUGAAGAAUUAAAUUUUCAAAACCAUUUCUUUCAUAUGCUUGUAAUUCAUGAUGAUAUUGAAUUAUUAAAAUACUUUUCAAAUAAAGUUGGUACAACUGCAUUUAAUUUUCAUUCAUAUCGUUUUGAAUUGAAUGAAAAAUUAACACCAACUUAUUUUAUAGAAUCAAUUGAUAUGUUAGAUUAUUUAUUUUAUAAUCAUAGAGAUUAUUUCAUAGAUAUACAAUUUCCAAAUAAGUACAGUACAUUUUUUAAAAGUUUACAAUUUUUACAACACUUUGAAUCAUUAUUAAUUCAAUAUAAAUCAAACAACCCAUCAAUCAAUGAAAAGGAUCCAAUUAGUUUUAUUAGAUCUUCUUUAAACUUUAAAACAAACAAGAAUUAUCUUGAUUUUGCAAAUCACUUUGCAACAAACUCUAUAUACCAUAAUGAUACACUAGAAUAUCUUGACUUGUUAUCCACACUAACAAGUGAUCAAUCAUCAUAUAAAAUAUCAAUCAACUCUGAAUCAUUAAAAAAUUUAUUUACUUUAUCACAACAACAACAACAACAACCACAUAAUAAUAAUAAUAAUAAUAAUAAUAAUAAUAAUAAUAAUAAUAAUAAUAAUAAUAAUAAUAAUAAUAAUAAUAAUAAUAAUAAUAAUAAUAAUAAUAAUAAUAAUAAUGGAACGAACCAACAGCAACAACACCAAAAUGAUACAAGUCAAAAUACAAUUGAGGCACCUAAUCCUUAUUCUAUGAGGUUUUUAAAAUUAGUAGAUUGGGUAUUUAUAAACUAUCAUCAUGAAUUAGAAAAAGAUGGUAAAUUAUAUUAUAAUAAAGAUCAAUAUUAUCAUUUUCUUUUUGCAACCGAUAGAUAUGAUUUAGAUAGCAACAAUGACACUAACAACAAUACUAUCAAUAGCUAUUACGAUAUAAAAAAAAAAAUUUGUUUUGGUAGAUUACUAUCAUUAAUUAAUCAUGUUAACGAAUUUACUCCAUAUUUAUAUGAAGUUAAUAAUUUUAAAUUUUUAAAUUGGUUUUUAACAAAGAUUAAAAAUAUUCAUUAUUAUUCAACCAAAAAAAAAACCAUGGAUGAAUGGGCACUUAUGUAUACCCUUCCUAAUUUUAUGUCUUUUAUUACAUGCAAUUCAAGAUUAAAAGUACUGGAAUACAUUCACCAAUAUUAUCAUUUCAUUUUAAAAAAAGAAAUAGAUGGUGGAAUAUUACCUUCUAGAGAACUAAAAUGUUACUUGCGGUCAACCAUUGAUCAAGGUUUAAUUAAAGUUUCAGAAUUUCUUUUUCAAUUUACUUCAAUAACUAAAAAUGAAUUUUACCGUUUUUCAAAUGAAAAAUUAAAAUUACACUUUUCAAAUAAAUUUAAUAAAUAA